AUGACUGAGUUUCAACAUCAUUCCGAUAAUUAUGAUAAAGUGGCUAUACUUGAUGCUGGCUCACAAUAUGCAAAAGUAAUCGAUCGUCGAAUACGUGAACUUUCAGUUUAUUCUGAACUUGUACCAUUACAAAUAUCAGUCAAUGAUUUGCUUUCACAACAAUAUAAAGCAGUUAUUAUAUCGGGUAGUCCCGGCUCAGUAAAUGAUCCAAAUCCUGUUCAUUAUGAUCCAAAAUUAUUUGAAUGUGGUCUACCAAUUUUAGGUAUUUGUUAUGGAUUACAAAUGUUAAAUAAACAACGUGGUGGUACGAUUGUACGACAAUCUGUACGUGAAGAUGGUCAAUUUCAAGUUGAAUUAAAUAUAACAGAAUGUCCUCUGUUUAAAAAUAUGAAUAAAAUUGAAAAUGUUUUAUUAACACAUGGAGAUAGUAUUGGACAACUUGGAGAAAAUUUAAUAGGUGUGGGUACAAGUGAUUCAUUUAUUGUUGCAUGUGCUGAUAAAGAAAAACCUAUUUAUGGUGUUCAAUUUCAUCCAGAGGUCGAUUUAACUGAUAAUGGUGUACAAAUAUUUAAAAAUUUUCUCUUUGAUAUUGCUCAUUGUCGAGCAACAUUUACUAUGGGCUGUCGAGUUGAAGAAUCUUUCGGUACUAUUCGAUCAUUUGUCAAAGAUCAACCAGUUUUUGUUCUAUGCAGUGGUGGUGUUGAUAGCUCUGUUUGUGCUGCUCUUUUAACACGUGCUUUACCAGCUGAACAAGUCAAAUUAGUUAGUAUAGAUAAUGGAUUUUUACGUCUUAAUGAAAGUAAUGAAAUACGUGAAACUUUAUCUCAAUUUGCAACUGUCAAUUAUAUUGAUGCUAGUCAACGUUUUGCUCAAGCUAAAACGUACGUCCGAACAAAAGUCACCCAAACAUCGAAUGAAAAAGAUUUAGCUCCGCCACGACGUACAUCGGUUUCAACAAAUUUUUUAAGUUUAUAUGAUGCUGAUAUAUUACUUGAAGAAACUUUACCAUUAAGUGAAGAGAUUGAUCCUGAACAUAAACGUAAAAUUAUCGGUGAUACAUUUAUAAAAGUUGUACAAGAAUUUUUACGUGAUAAUAAUUUUACAUUUGAUGAUAUUAUUUUAGCACAAGGUACAUUAAGACCUGAUUUAAUUGAAAGUGCAUCACAUUUAGCAAGUCAAAGUGGUCAUGCUGAUGCUAUUAAAACACAUCAUAAUGAUUCACCCAUGGUACGUCAAUUACGUAAACUUAAUCGUGUUAUUGAACCAUUAAAAGAUUUUCAUAAAGAUGAAGUAAGACAAAUUGGUUUAACAUUAGGUCUUCAUCCAGAUGUUAUCUAUCGUCAUCCAUUUCCUGGACCUGGUUUAGCUAUACGUAUCUUAUGUACUGAUGAACCAUAUAUGCCUCAUGAAACAUUUGCACAAACAUCAAAUUUAUUAAAAUCAAUUGUUAAUUAUUCAACACAAUCUUCUUCAAUCUCAUCAUUAAAUGAUAUUUUUACAGAUAAUGAAAAAAUACGUUUACAAAAUCUUACAUCAUUAGAUAAACAUGAUUAUACAUCAGUAUUAUUACCAAUUCGAAGCGUUGGUGUACAAGGUGAUGCUCGUACAUAUAGUUUCGCCGCAGCAAUUAGUUCAAAUGAUAAAAAACCUAAUUGGAAUGAAUUAUUUAUGCUUGCACGAUUAAUUACGAAAACAUGUCAUCAUAUCAAUCGUGUUGUUUAUAUACUUGGUAAAAAAAUUCUUGAUACAGAAAUAACACAAAUUACACGUACAACGUUAACACCAGAUAUUAUUGAUAAAGCUCGUGCUUGUGAUUAUCAUGCCAUGGUUAUAAUGAAACAUCAUGGUGCUUAUAGUUCAAUAAGUCAAAUGCCAGUUGUAUUAAUACCUGUUGAAUUUGAUCGACAAAAUCGUGCAGAUGAAAAUGAAAAACGGAAUGAUGGUCAACAUUCAAUUGUUUUACGUACAUUUCUUACAAAAGAUUUUAUGACUGGAAGACCAGCUGUACCUGGAGAAACAUUUCCUCUUGAUAUGUUAGAUGAAAUAUGUGAAACAAUUCUAACAAAUGUACCAGGUAUAAGUCGAAUUCUAUAUGAUUUAACAUCGAAACCACCAGCCACAACUGAAUGGGAAUGA